AUGAAGAAUACAGUUGAUGCACCAGAUGAUUGGUGGGAGAGAAAAAUAUUGAUAUUCUGGGCUGUAAACAUGCAAGAAAAUCCUCAAUAUGGAAAACUUAGGUAUAAGGGACUUGCAUUUGCUCACCAAUUGACCACACUUUUCAAAGAUGUUGUGGCUAAUGGAAAGUGUGAAUGGACUCCCUCAAUUGGAAUGUUGCCUACUAGUCUUGACAUAAAUGUUAAUGAUGUGUAUUGUCCAAGUUUAGAAGGCAUUGGCCUUAAUUUGGAGGAAGGUUCAGGUGAUAGUAAAGAUGGUAGUGUUGGGGCAAUAAAUGAUAUUGAAGGCCUUAAUUUUAAUGUUUCACAAGGAACUAGUAGCCAAGGAUUAGGAACACAAAAGAAUGGGGAGAAGAGAAAAAGAAACAAUAAUGUUGUUGUGAAGGGUAAAGAAAAAGGCAAUUGCCUCAUCAAGGAUAGCUGA